CCUUCUUUUGUUAUUAUUUUUCGCAUAAUUUAUCAAAUUAUUGUGCUGGUGUGUUUUUAGAAAAAUGAAAGUGUACGCAAGCAAAAUGACGACUCUCAAAGCACUAUUGAACGCACCUCUUCAACGCCAAAAUGGAGAAAUCCAUACAUUCGACGCCAGCUGGUAAAGUUUCGCAAAUUGCGAAUCUUUUCCAGCGUAAACCUAUCGAAAUACAGCCGGUGGAACAGUUAAGCGCCGCUGCAGCUGCUGCUGCCGCUGCCGCCGCCGCCGCCGCAGCAGUUAAUCAACAACAACAAGCCAUUGGUGUUGGAAUACCGGCUACAGUUGUACGCACCGAAUCUCAUUCUGCUCGUUUCAAUAAUGCACGCGCGCUUUUCGAAAAGCUCGGCGUGGAGAACAAUUCGAAUUCGAAUGUGAAAAUGUCACGUUCCGGCUCGCGUGACGAUAAUCUUUGUGAAGGCAAUAGCUCGGAUCGUUCAUCGUCGCGUUCCUCAGAUCGUUCGAUAUCGCCACCGAAACGUCGUUCACCCUUUCCACCAGGUUGCAAUGUAGCCGCUUCAUUGGCGAACAAUAAUAAUUGUGCACUGCAAGUUAAUGGCGGUUUAGCGCUGAGUAAUAGUAAGUUUAUCGUAGAACCGGGUAUGAAGCUACAUCACAAUAUUGCACGUCACAAAUCCGAAGACGGUGUGCUAAGCAGCUCAUCAGUGGUCGGCGGUGUUAGUGCCAUACUAUCGGCUGGUGGUGGUAGUGUCGACAAGCCGGAGAAACCGGAACGUAAAUUUAAUUCACGCGAGCUAAUUGAGAAACAAAAGAAAUGGACUUCACAUUUUACGAAAACAAAAUCAAAUCGAACGCAUAGCGACCAAAAUCGUUGUGACAUCAUCCGAACUGUGCCAGGCACAACGCUCUUUUCCGGUUCGGCCAUACAAAUGAAGGAUAAGGAAAAGGAGAGAGAGAAAGAGAAAGACAGGGAGCGUGAAAGGGAGCGUGAGAAAGAGAACGCCAAUAUUGCCGUUACCGUUGCCACCGCCUCCCCAAACGUCAAUCACAAGCCAACCGCUGCCAAUGCGGCUGUAACCAGCAUGGAACAGCUACGUUCACCCAUUUUGGCUGCUGCACAACAGCAUCAGCAAGCACAGGAUCAUCCACCCAGUCCACCGGUACGUCACACUGUCGUACCGCCUGAGAUAAAACCGCGUAGUACCAAUAAAAUUGGUAGCCCCAUUAAAUCGCCACCAUUGCCACCCAUACCAGCUGCCAAACCGAAGAACCUAAGUCCAAUUAAGUUUAACCCAGAACGUGUACGUUCGCCCACAAAACUGGCUGAUGCAACGCAGCCACCUCCACCACCUGCCAAAUCGGCUGCUGUUACGGCAGCUCUACAGCGUUCACUUGAUGAGCAACAACAAGCAACAGCCGCAGCCGCUGCCUCGACAACUGCACCUGUACCACCAGAAAAGCCACGCAAAAAAUCUAUUGAUCUCAUUGAGGGUGAGGAUAGGCUAACGCCAUCUUCGCCCACUUCAGCGACAUUCCAGUACGUGGCCAUAGCCGCAAAGCGUGGUUCGGUGGAUAGUUUGGGUGGUGGCGCAAAUGGCCUGAGCGGUAGCAUUAAUUCGGCUACAUCAUCUUCGCCAGCCGCCAGCGCUUCGUCGGGUCCAUGUUCACCUGUCUACACCGAAGACGAGAAGCAAGAGAAUGAAUCGACUGAGAAAUCAGAAAUGCACCAGUAUUACAACAGUAUGCCACGUUCGCGUCGCAGCGAUAACGAAGGUGAGUGCAGUGCUAGUUUUUGUUGUUGUUUAUACUACAUGUAG